AUGGUCACAGAGCUCAUCACCUGUAAUGUGCUACUGCCCCUCAUAAGCAGGGUAUCUGAUCCUGACUGGCUCAACCAGACCAUUGGGGACAUAUUCACCAAGUCCAAAGAAUCAUCAGAAGCCACCGUGGAAUGUGUUCCUGCGUCUACUCUCUACAGAAAUCAGAUCCAGAGCUAUUCCUGGUCCACCUGUCGUUCAUUCUCUUCAGAUGAAACUGGCCCCAUCAGCCUUCUCUCAGACCUGGAUGAUGAGUACAGCCAAGGUUCGGAUUUCAAGGAUUCCUCACAGGGAAGCAUGAGCUCUAAUUCUUGGGCCUUCUCAGAGCUCAUGGCACAGCGAAAGCUGUUAGGGAUUGGGGCUCUGCUAGCAUGGCUUGUCCUCUUUCAUCUCCUUGUGAAUGUUUGGCUUCUCUGCAUCUUUACCAGUCUGUUGGUGGUGCUAGGGGGUUGGCUCGGUUCCCGUGCUGUAUUGGAUGCUAACAGCCUACUCCACUUGGAGCACUUUGUCCCUCUGGGUAAAGUACAGCCAUCGCUGCACUCACCUGAGCAUGACCGGAGGUUGGAUCAUGAGAUCCACAGUGCUGUCCAUAAAGCCGUACGUGAUUUUGUAUCUUCAUGGUACCGUACUCUGCUGCCUGAUGAGGAGGGGGAGUUCGAGUGUGUGGUGCGGGAUUCAAUGCUGGAAUCAGUAAUGGAAUUGAAGGAGCGAGCCUGUCAUGUGGACAGAAAAGCACUGGUUCAGAGAGCUUUAGAACUAUAUGGCUGCCAUCUUCAGAGCUACAUGACAGCAAAGGAGAUGCAGGCAAAAACAGUACCGUCUCAAAAAGAUGAGGACAGCCUCUGGCAGUUCUACAGCAAAGUUGAGGCCCCUCAUCCUGCUCUGAGCAGUGCUGCCACUGAGCUCAGCUACUCUAGAGCUCUGGUGAACCUCAUUUUACAUGUGCUUGUCCCAUACCCUCACAUGGAAACCAGGAGUGGAGGGUAUAUGGUCACAGAGCUCAUCACCUGUAAUGUGCUACUGCCCCUCAUAAGCAGGGUAUCUGAUCCUGACUGGCUCAACCAGACCAUUGUGGACAUAUUCACCAAGUCCAAAGAAUCAUCAGAAGCCACCGUGGAAUUUGUUCCUGCAUCUACUCUCUACAGAAAUCAGAUCCAGAGCUAUUCCUGGUCCACAUGUCGUUCAUUCUCUUCAGAUGAAACUGGCCCCAUCAGCCUUCUCUCAGACCUGGAUGAUGAGUACAGCCAAGGUUCGGAUUUCAAGGAUUCCUCACAGGGAAGCAUGGUUAGCCUGGCUGGUGCUGGUAAAGUAGAAAGGUGUCAUAAUGGUUUGCUCACCCCAUGCAGAGUUGCGUGCUUGUAUCCAGAGUCUGAUCAAGACUCCCAAUCAUCCGAGUCUAAAAUGAUUUCCAGAGAGUCCCUAAUUCAAACAGAUUCAGACGAUGGCCAGGCAGAAUGCUUCUGUGAUUGGGCUUCUCCAACCAACAUCUAUGGUGCAAUUACUUUCAAGGAUGAUGAGAUGUCUGGCUGCUUUGGCCCUUUGAGGUCUCUGGGGCCAAAGGUGGUGGUGUCAGAAGACUCUCAGUGGCCAGCAGGUAUUGCUCAUGAGCAACCCCCUACUUACUCUCCAAGAGGACUUAAUCUGACCCCCUACAAUUUUGAGGGUCCUAGCAGCCCAGUGACACGUGUUGGCGUCCAGAAUCUGCAUAUCACUGGCACUGACAUUGCUAAAGAGCAACGUGGUGGCACCUGCGCACAUCCCCAUACGCUCUACAUUAUAAAGUAUGAGACAGUGGUUGACUCGGAAAGCCUUGGCACUUUGCAACCUGUGGCAUACCAUACUGUCAGUCGGCGAUAUAGUGAGUUCCUCAACCUGCAAACCCGUUUAGAGGAGAAGCCAGAACUCAAGAAGUUGAUAAAGAAUGUCAAAGGCCCAAAGAAACUGUUCCCUGACCUUUCAUUUGGCAAUGCAGACAGUGACAAAGUGGAGACUCGUAAAGGCCAGCUGGAUGUGUUUCUCAAACAAUUAAGCAAUAUUCCUGAAACUGCCAACAGUGAGGAUAUGCAAGAGUUCCUGGCUGUUAACACAGAUGGUUGCCCCUCUUUUGAAAAAAAACCUCUUGCCAAAUCGAGAAUUGAUAAGAUGGUGGUGCAUGCUUUAGACACCCUGAAGACAGCCUUCCCCCGUUCUGAGCCCCAGAGCCCCACCGAGGACCUGGAAGGAGACUCUGAUGGGAGAACAGCUGACAGCAGAAAAUACAGGAGGCUCAGGUUCCCCAGCAAAAUUGCCCCGUCUCUCAACAUACCCGACUUGCAGCCCAAGGUGACAUACUGUUUUAGUGAAGGCAGCUCGGUACUGAAUGGCCUCACACUGUCAGGCCUGGAGAGCUUCAUCACAGAACAGGAGCUGCGUCUGUGUGGGCCGGUUGAAAGGAAGAACGGAGACGCCGAGCAGGGCUGCAGGCCGCCAGGCAGGGACAGGAAGACCCCAGGGAAAACCCGUGGGACAGACACGGCGGUAGCGGACGUGGCCUUGAACAUUCUGUGUCUGCUGAUGAAGGACCAGUGGAGCUGGCUGUGCACCGAGAACAUCCAGAAAACCAUCAGACUACUCUUUGGCACCUAUAUUGAGAGGUGGCUGGAUGUUGGAGUGGCGCACCUUACCAGUGCCCCCUGCUGGGUGAUUUAUCUGCAGGUGAUGCAGGAGGCCGUGUGGCCAGAAGGGAUUCUGCCUGCCCAGUCCCGGCCGGAGCGCAGCCCUGCUCAAAUAGAAGAAACCAAGGAGGAGUGCCUGGAGUGUCUGAUGCAGCUGGUCCCAGAGAUCAUCACUGACAUGCUGGGCGCUGAGAAGUACAGACUGAGUUUGGAGACCAUGCUGGACUCUCUGCAGGAUCAGCACGUUAACAAGCAUUUGGUGUACUGCAUCUGUGACCUGCUGCUCGAGUUCCUCAUCCCUGAGUCCUUUGAUGAGGCCUUCCAGAGGUCUCUGCUGCACAGCCUGUCUAAGAAUGUGGAGACUCUUCAUACAUGA